AUGGGUGGCGGUGGCCCCGGUGACAGAGAUGACAAGGACAAGAAGAAGGACAAGCCCAAGUACGAACCCCCGCCGCGCCCUACCACCCGCGUCGGUCGCAAGAAGAGAAAGCAGGGAGGUUCCUCUGCUGCCGCCAAGCUCCCCGCCGUCUAUCCCACCAGUCGAUGCAAGCUCCGACUUCUACGCAUGCAGAGAAUCCACGAUCAUCUUCUUCUCGAGGAGGAAUACGUCGAGAAUCAAGAACGCCUUCGCAAGGCAAAGACUGCCAAGGAUGCCGCUGGCCCCGCUGCUUCAGAGCUCGAUGCUGGCGACCGAAACGCCGACGAACGUGGUCGGGUCGACGACAUGCGCGGUAGCCCCAUGGGCGUAGGAACUUUGGAGGAAAUGAUCGAUGACGACCACGCCAUUGUAUCCAGCACUACCGGCCCCGAAUACUAUGUUAGCAUCAUGAGUUUCGUCGACAAGGACUUGCUGGAGCCUGGCGCUUCCGUCUUACUACACCACAAGAGCGUCUCCAUUGUCGGCGUGUUGACUGAUGAUGCGGACCCCGCCGUCAACGUCAUGAAGCUCGACAAGGCACCGACUGAGUCGUAUGCUGACAUUGGUGGUCUGGAGCAGCAGAUUCAGGAAGUGCGCGAGUCGGUCGAACUGCCAUUGCUGCAUCCCGAGCUGUACGAAGAGAUGGGUAUCAAGCCUCCCAAGGGUGUCAUUCUCUACGGUGCUCCAGGUACAGGAAAGACACUUUUGGCCAAGGCUGUUGCCAAUCAGACAUCGGCCACGUUCCUGCGUAUUGUGGGUUCCGAGUUGAUUCAGAAAUACCUUGGUGAUGGUCCCCGACUGGUACGACAACUAUUCCAGGUUGCCGCUGAGAACGCCCCUUCCAUUGUUUUCAUUGAUGAGAUCGAUGCUAUUGGUACAAAACGUUACGACUCAACCUCUGGCGGAGAACGUGAAAUUCAAAGAACUAUGCUGGAACUUCUCAACCAGCUAGACGGUUUCGAUGACCGUGGCGAUGUCAAGGUCAUCAUGGCCACGAACAAGAUCGAGUCGCUCGACCCUGCUCUUAUUCGACCUGGCCGUAUCGACAGAAAGAUUCUAUUCGAGAACCCUGACCAAAACACCAAGCGCAAGAUCUUCAACCUGCACACAUCAAAGAUGAGCUUGAAUGAGGAUGUCGACCUGGACGAGUUUAUUUCACAGAAGGAUGAUCUCUCUGGUGCCGAUAUCAAGGCCAUUUGCUCCGAGGCUGGUUUGAUGGCUCUGCGUGAGCGACGUAUGAGAGUGCAGAUGGCAGAUUUCCGAUCUGCUCGCGAGAGAGUCAUGAAGACGAAGCAAGAGGGUGAGCCGGAGGGCUUGUACUUGUAG